CCACCUCCAGGGCGAGCCCCACAGAAUCCCGUCCUGCCUCCUUGCCCCCGUGAGUGUCCCCAGAGUCGCUGCGGACGGCACCAGCAUGUCGGGCGAGGCGAGCGCACCACCGGUGGCCUCACCCAGGGCCCCGCGUUCCGGGAUCCAGAAGUCAUCCGGUGCAGUGACCAGGAAGGGGGACCGCGGGGCCAAGGAGAAGCCGACGACCGUCCUGCCGCCGGUGGGGGAGGAGAAACCCCAAAACCCUGAGGAGUACCAGGGCACCGGCGUCCUCGAGGUGGACUUCGCUGAGCUCUGCACGCGGUGGGGCUAUACGGACUUCCCCAAAGUGGUCACCCGGCCCCGCCCGCACCCGGCCUUCGUCCCCUCCGCCUCUACGUCGGAAAAGCCCACCGUAGACGAACAGCGGCUGUCCCGGUCCUGCAGUCUCAACAGCCUGGAGAGCAAAUACGUGUUCUUCCGGCCCACCAUCCAGGUGGAGCUGGAGCCCGAGGACAAGUCCGUGAAGGAAAUCUACAUCCGCGGUUGGAAGGUUGAGGAGCGGAUCCUGGGUAUCUUCUCUAAGUGUCUGAUCUCCCUCAGCCAGCUUCAGGCCAUCAACUUGUGGAAGGUGGGGCUGACUGAUAAGACCCUGACCACCUUUAUCGCCCUCCUGCCUCUCUGCUCAUCCACGCUCAGGAAGGUGUCUCUGGAGGGGAACCCGCUGCCGGAGCAGUCCUACCACAAGCUCAUGGCAGUGGACAGCACGAUCGCGCACUUGUCUCUGCGGAACAACAAUAUCGACGACCACGGGGCGCAGCUCCUAGGCCAGGCUCUGUCCACGCUGCACAGCUGCAACCGGACCCUGGUCUCCCUCAACCUGGGCUUCAACCACAUCGGUGACGAGGGCGCGGGCUACAUCGCAGACGGCCUCCGGCUCAACCGCUCCCUGCUCUGGCUGUCCCUGGCCCACAACCGCAUCCAGGACAAGGGCGCCCUGAAGCUGGCCGAGGUCCUGCGCCCCUUCGAGCUGACGCACACCGAGGUGGUGGAGCGCCGGCGCCUCCUGCUGGAGAAAGGUUCGCAGGAGCGCUCGCGAUCGCCUUCCACCUCUCGACAUGGGGACGACUCCAAAACAGAGCGUGAGAAGAAUCAGCUGAUGGGGGUCAGCAGUUUUGCAAUGGUGGAGAAAGACAAGACGCAGACAACGAAGACCCCUAAGGGUCUGGGCAAGAAAAAGAAGUCCGGGGAAGUGGUGAAGAAAGAGGAGAGGUCAGGGUCUGGGCAGUCACCCACACAAGGAACCCCUAAGAAAGAAGACUCCACAAAGGCAGGCAAGGGGAAGGUAACCAUCCCUGAGCAGAAACUAAGCAAGGGAAAAGGGACCAAGACUGGGAGCAAAGAGAAGCGCAGCAUCCUCCUGGAGUCAGAGCUGGUUGGGGAAGCUACUGAGAUGGUCAACCCUCUUCUGGAGCCCGUGGAGCACCGAGAUGGGAAAGUUUUCAUGCCUGGGAACAGGGUCCUUUUGCAUCUCAACCUUCUCCGAAACCGCAUCACAGAGGUGGGGCUAGAGGCCUUCCUCACCGCAGUGCAGUACCAGGCACAGUUCUCCAAGUCCAAGAGCGCGUCCAAGGGCCCCGUGGGGCUGCUGUGGCUGUCCCUGGCGAAAAACUGCUUCUCCCCACAAUGUCCUGCGUACACCACGAUCCAAGAGCUGAUGCUGCCAAGGGACCCUGUCAGUGAAGCCAAGCACAAAGAGGAGGCGGCUGCGGCUUCCUCCACCUAGUCCCCUCCCACCUUCUACCC